AUGUUUGUCAUCAAAAGAGAUGGGCGCCAGGUGCCUGUCCGCUUCGAUAAGAUCACAGCCAGGAUCCAGCGUCUCAGCUACGGCCUCAACCAGACCUACUGCGACCCAGUGCUGGUGGCCCAGAAGGUUGCGGCUGGAGUGUACCGCGGCGUGACCACCACUGAGCUUGACGAGCUGGCGGCGGAGACGGCCGCUGCCCUGACCAGCACCCACCCCGACUAUGCCGUGCUGGCUGCGCGUAUCGCUGUGUCCAACCUCCACAAGAACACCCUCAAGUCGUUCAAGGAGACUGUGCGCAUCAUGCACGAGCACGUCAACCCCAAGAACGACCAGCCCGCGCCCCUGGUGUCUGACGAGUGUUUCGAGAUCAUCAUGGAGAAAGCCGGCCUGGUGGAGCGUCCCAAAGGGCUCGUCAAAGACCGGGGCGCCGCAGCACGCCUCGCGCCGCUGCCCCUGGGGCAUGGGGACCGCCUGGACAGUGAGAUCAACUAUGACCGCGACUUUGACUACGACUACUUCGGGUUCAAGACCCUGGAGCGGUCCUACCUGCUGCGGCUGCACGGCAAGAUCAUCGAGAGGCCCCAGCACAUGCUGAUGCGCGUGGCCGUGGGCAUCCACAUGCGCGACAUUGACGCCGCUGUGCGCACCUACCACCUCCUGUCUGAGCGCUGGUUCACCCACGCGUCGCCGACGCUGUUCAACGCCGGCACGCCGCGGCCGCAGCUCAGCAGCUGCUUCCUGGUCUGCACCAAGGGCGACAGCAUCGAGGGCAUCUACGACACCCUGAAGGAGUGCGCCGUCAUCUCCAAGAGCGCCGGCGGCAUCGGCGUGUCGAUCCACAACAUCCGCGCCACGGGCUCCUACAUCCGCGGCACCAACGGAACCUCCAACGGCAUCGUGCCCAUGCUGCGCGUGUUCAACGACACCGCGCGCUACGUGGACCAGGGCGGCGGCAAGCGCAAGGGCGCGUUUGCGAUCUACCUGGAGCCCUGGCACGCGGACGUGUUUGACUUCAUCGAGCUGCGCAAGAACCACGGGAAGGAGGAGGCGCGCGCGCGUGACCUGUUUUACGCCCUCUGGAUCAACGACCUCUUCAUGAGGCGUGUCGAGAGCAACGAGGACUGGAGCCUGUUCUGCCCCAACGAGGCCCCCGGGCUGGCCGAGGUGUGGGGCGACGAGUUCGACGCGCUCUACACCAAGUAUGAGAGGGAGGGCCGCGCCCGCAGGGUGGUGCGCGCGCAGCAGCUGUGGUUCGCCAUUCUGGAGGGACAGAUCGAGACGGGCAACCCCUUCAUGCUGUUCAAGGACUCGUGCAACCGCAAGAGCAAUCAGCAGAACCUGGGCACCAUCAAGUGCUCCAACCUGUGCACCGAGAUUGUGGAGUACACCGCCCCCGACGAGACCGCGGUGUGCAACCUGGCGUCGAUCGCGCUGCCGCGGUUUGUGGGGGCGGGGGGCUAG